UUCCAAACCUGAGGGAGCUUGUUUUUCCUGAUUGGUUCUACUUUGGAGCUAAAGCCCGCCUCUUUUUAGACAUGCCGUCCAUGAUUGGCUAUGUCAAUCGCCUGUCGCCUGUGUGUCAAAUGUAGGUUGAGAGAGGUGGUUUAUAUAGGGGACUUGGAAGUCCCCAGCCUGUGAACUCAGUGCAGUUUCUGAUGCUUAUUGCCUUCCUCAGCUGUUUGAAAGGCAGACAAUCAGAUACAGAGUUUGAUAACUCAAAGAACACACAUAAAAUGGAGCUGAACUCUCUGUUAAUUCUUCUGGAAGCAGCUGAGUAUUUGGAAAGAAGAGACAGAGCAGAACAUGGCUAUGCAUCAGUGUUACCCUUCGAUAGUGACUAUUCCAGAAAGAAAACAAAGGCAGGCACCCUGGCCAGAAAAUCCCAGAAUAACAGGUCAUCACACAACGAACUAGAAAAACAUAGGUUCCCACCAUUGCACGUGCAUAUACCAUCUGUUCGCACCCUGUGACAGCUAAACUUGCAGAUGGAGAGACCGGAUUAUCCCAAGGAUGGUCCCAGCAGAGAAAGAAGCUCAUCUGGACAUAUGCAGAAAUGUCAUUGGGAAAAAAAAAAACUUCUUUUUUUGGCAUUUGAAAGCUCUUAUCCCAAAUGUGAUUUGUUUCUAUUAACUAAAUGUUAGUUAUAUAAACUGAGUCAGAGGGCCUACUCUUCAUGCGUGGGUGCCUAGGAGUAGGCAUCAGAUUAAAAAUUGCCUGGUUUUCAGAGAUGCUGGGCACACACAACUCCCACAAAAACCAGUGAGAGUUGGAGGCACUUGUCACCUCAGAAAAACAGAUGUUUAGUUAGUUGCCUAACUAUAGAAAUAAAUGCCUACCUUUGGGUGCCCAUGUUUGAAAACAAGGUUCUUAGCUGCUACAGCAGCAACAGCUGUCUCCUACCCUUGAUCCUGAUGGAAUUCCUGUUUGUUGGUGACAUUUACAUGGCAUAUGGAUGACCCUUAGAAGUAAAUACUUGGCAUCUAAAUAUUUAAAUUGCAAUAGGAUAUUUUCCUUUCCAUGAUAACAGUAAAAUACACGUGGAUCCAUCUCUCUGCUUCUCCAUCUAUUCAGCAUUUGCGGACUCUGUCCCUAAUUAAUCUCCAUAUCUAACUGGGCCUGCCUCGCCAUUAGCUUACUACCAGCACUAAGGGAAAUUGAGUGUUACAAAAAUGUCUUUUUGUUUAGUAAAAAAUCCCAAGAAGCACUCUAACAUUCUUAGACUAAAAUGCUUUGUACUGUACUGUGCAUUGCCGAUGUAGUCUGUGUUGUAGUGCAGAUUUUUUAGCAUUGCAGUCAGUUUUUUUUCUAGAUCCCUUCGUCUUGGCAACACUCCAGAGACACAAUGUCCUUGCUUAGCAUUUUGAUGUGGGGAAACACUGAUAAUUAAAACAGGUUUCAAGCCAUGAGCUGAUUUGUAAGCAGCAACUUGCUCCAGGAUGUGUGUUGUCAGUCGAUAAAUACACAGCUUGUGUGUGCUGAACCACAGUGUGUCUUGUGCCUGAUUAUGCACAGUAUGUGUAGUACAUGUUGAUUGAACCCACACCCUAGGGGGGAGUAUUGUUUAAAAUAAUAAAGUUAAUUUCUAGAAGAAUGGAGAUGCCAUUCUGUUCUCUCUUACGCUUGUAUAAAACUGGUGUAACAACACGGACUUUAGCGAAAUUACUUCUUAAUAUGUACAGUGGUAUAACUUAGGGUAGAAUCAAGUUUCAAGACAUAUAUCCAGAAUUUGUGUGUAUAAAAGUAAUGGAAUUAAACCCAUAGUGUACCAGCAUCUGAAAAAAUACAGUCCUGCAAUGGAAAUGUCAUUGCCCUGAGGGGUUUGUUGGGCUGGGCCCUCAGUUUGCUGAGGCACCAGACUGAUUUACAGAGAUUUGGGAUUUUCUUCUUUGCCAAUUUAACAAAUACAACCAAAAUUAAAACAGAUAGAUGUAUGGAUCUGUGUUACAUUGGGGAGCAACGUGCCACCAUGUUAGCAUGCAGAAUGAGUGAUCAAAAAGCUGUGGUGCAGUGGUGUGUCUUUUUUUUUUCAAUAACUUGGAAGAAAUGAACCCAUUAACAGUCUUGUUUUUGGAAAUGCUGUUCCCAUGUAUAUAGUCAUGUAUGGAUAUUUGUGUGCGUAUUUUCAAGAAUUUGCAUGGUUCUCUAAGUUGCUGUUUAUCUCCCUGAAUUACACAGGUGUCAUGGGAUAUAGGCAUGCCAUUGGAUAUUUUAGUGUACCGCAGAGGAGGAAAUAAUCUCAACAAAUCUUGUAUAAAUGUACCUUUUGCAUUCAGCUAUAUUUUUUUUCAUUGUACUUGAUGUCACCGGGAGUCAAAAUUCCUUAUACUUCAGAGGCAGAUAUGAGGCUGGCCUCUUUCCUUCUUCUAUUCACCAUUUUGGUAGAACCACUCGUAGCUGUACUAAACAGUAUGGGGGUGGUGGAGGAAAAGUAAUAAGGACUAAAAUCAGGAAUAUCUUAAACAGAAUUUCCUUGUAUGCAGGUUAUACAUUUAAUAUAUAUCACAAACUUUCAAAAUUAAUGUUACUCACACCAGCAGAAGGUGGUGCUCUGUUUCCAGCUGUAAGAUAAAUAGAUACACAAACAAAAAAAAUCUAGAAAAUCUGGAGCCCCGCACAUCCUACUCUCCUUCCCUUCCAGCACUUUUGGAGCGCCAUGAAUCCGCUGGAAGUCCUGGGAGAGAGUGGGAGGAAUAGGAAGCAUGGGGCUCAAGGGCUUCAGUGCACGAGAGGCACAUGGGAAGCCAGACAUAGGGUUCAUGGGCUGCAGGUGGAACCGCACUGGCUGCACACGACUCACAGGCUGCAGGUUGCCCACCUCUGCUCUGUGCCUUCGGUUCUCAAACUGUAGGUUGUCACCUCAUUUUAAUGGGGUAGCCAAGGGUGGCUUUAGUCUUGCUAAGGCCUCUGACCAAAGCUGGGGCCUUGGACCAAAGCUGAAGUCCAGCCCCCGCUGCAUGGGGCUUGAAGCCCUUGGAUUUUGUCUCCACUGCCUCUCCCAGGGCACUGGUGCGUUGCCUUUGGCUCCACUGCCUGUGGCAGCAGGGCUUGGGCAGGGUCAGGCUGUGGUCCACCCUCCUGCGGACAAGCAGUAAUGUUUGCUGUCAGAAUGGGUUUGUGGUGCAAUGAAGUUUGAGAAUGCUUGUUCUGUGAGUUUAGUUGUCACCUACCACCUCACACUGGAACCCAUACAGGGAGUUAUCAAACAACUGCAAUGUAUAUAAUCCACAGAAACCCCAUCCUGAGGAAGUCUUUCAUGAAUCCCCUCUUUUGGGUUCAAACAACGCCCCAGCCUUUUCAAGCUUAUGAUCCGCAGCAAGCUCCCUAUAGACCAGGACACGCCAACUCAAAGCAGCACCAGACUAUGCCAAAGCAAAAGAUACAAAACGCAAAGACAUAGCUCCACUGCUACAAUGUUCAACACCCGCCACAACACACCUUUCACGAUUCAUGGGUCCUACACUUGCUUAUCACAUGUGGUGUACCUCAUCCAAUGCACCGAAUCCCCCAAAACCAAUUAUGUGGGCGAAACCAGACAAUCACUACACUUUCAGAUGAACUCACACAGGAAAAUGAUGAAAAGAUAAAACCACCACAUCACCUGUGGGAUAAACACUUUUCAUACAGCAGUCACUCUAUAUCUAACCUUGCAGUUCUCAAACCCGCACAACACUUUCAAAAUACAAGUCUUGGAGCUUAAAUUCAUAACUCCACUACACACUAAAAAUCAUAGACACUGGAUAAAAACACUGGAUUUAUGGCUUAUUACACCAAUCUGUUACCCCCUUUUUUUGUCCUAUAAUCACAGGUGUUUUAAUGAGCUAGUCCACUUUGAAUGGUCCUUUAGCAUACAUUCUAACUACUUUACUAAACUAUCUGUUCAUUCUUACAUUUAAUUGUGAUACUCUGAUUACCUUUCCCUGACCUGAAGAAGAGCUCUCUUUAGCUCAAAAGCUUGUCUCUGUCACCCAUCUUGUCUCUCUACUAUGUCUCUCUUCUGGCAUAUGCAGCCGUAUGCUAGGGAAUAGUGUGUGUUUGUGAAUUGUCCGUGUUCUAGGGAAUUCCCUGAGGCUGCUCUUCUAUCAUAUUGCUCCAAUGCUUUUUCUUCUGGUUAGCUUCUGGGUCAGUACUUGAGUGUUAUUUAGGAAACAUGGUGGAAUGACUAUUCUUUUUUGUCUCUAAAGGGCAGCCAUCAGUGGUACUCAUCUGUGAAUUGACUGAAAAAAAUGUUGUAGAGUCUUUCUGCGAGGCACGGUUUCUUUACUGAGUCAAGUGCAUCCCUUGAACAAUGCAGUCUGUGUUCACCUGUCCCCAGCUUGCUUCCAAGCCCAGCUUUCUGGAUGCUGGUGCCAACUUCCAGAACUGGCCAAGAAUUUAUACAUUUGUGGCAUUACAGAUAUUUUCCCCUAUUUAUGUUUGCUAAAAGAUUUAGGAAUAGUUUCUGGUGUCACACAAAUAUUAUUUUAUAACAUGGACAAGCUUCAAACUUCAGAAGGAAAAAUGCCCAAUUCAAAGUUUUGAAUCUGUGCCCAGAAUAGGUGGUAUUUAAUGUAGUCCUAUUCUGUGAGACCUGAAGUAUGAACUGAAUACUAAGGAAUGUAAGUUUGUAUACAGUGAUUCAAACUAGAAGUCACCAUUCUUAAAAAAAGGAUAAAUACACAGGAGACUGAAUAUAAUCACUAUCCCAUUUUUUCUCUGUCUUCCACAGGAUGCUUUUGUAGUACAGGUUUAGGUUCCAAAUCCUCAGUCGUCUUGUUCUGUUUAAUAGCAGGAAUAUUUAAAUCUUAAGAUGCAAACUUUGACAAUAAUGUAAUGAAUUAGGUCAUUGGAGAACGAGGUUACAUUUUAACCAACUAAUCAACUGGAUAGAAUAUAUGUUUUUUCUUGUUUAUUCAUGGUCAUUUUUCAGAGCUUGGAAAAGGUACCAGUUGCCUACUUUUUAGAAAACUAUACCAAUUAAAGCUAAUAAAAAUUACAGGGUUUCACCAGUGUGGUCCCUGGUAAGAACUCAGGGAAUAGAUAACAUUCUACACUACCCCUUUCUAUAGUUUCCAUUUUUUGAGUAAUCUUCCUACAUGGCCAGCUACAGUGACCAUCUCUACUUUUGCUCAAAGCUCUGAGCGAAAGCACAGUGAAACUCAUGUAUAGCCGCUCUCCGAGUUACAAACAAGUUAUGGACCAACACUUGUAACUCGAAGUGUUCAUAACUCAGAUCCCAUAGAGUUACAUGGUGACCACACUGUUCAUAAGCGUGGAUUGCCGUUCGUAACUUGGAGCUGCAUUUACACCCGCUUUGGUCGCAAGUGCAGAUGGUCGUAAGUGGAGGUGGUUGUAACUCAGGGAGUGGCUGUAAUUCAUGUCAGUAUUGGCCAGCAGUAAACCCUGGAAUAAUCUGAAAAUUUAGGAACUCCACAGUUUCUGUUCAUAUUAGAACAGUGUUUCUAAAACUUUUUAAGACCGAGGAACACCAAACAAUUUUUUUUAUGGGGAAUACCAAGGAUUUUUGUUGAGCAAAAAAAGGAAGCCUGCCCUUGUUCUCUCCGCAUAUGGUGACCAUAUUUUCUGAACCUACACCCCCUGACCUCGGUUUACUAUGCUCCUGACUCUUGGGGUCAAGAUGGACACAUGACCAGAAGUAAAAGUAACCCUGUCUAAGAACUUUUCCCACCAUCCUCCUGCCCAUAGGGGAUGAUUUUGGUCCCCACCGAACCCUCUCUCCUCAGGUGCUGGUCUCUCCCCUGCAGGUGUCUGCCCUUCUGCUUCCCCCCAGAAUCCCUUGGCACCUGCACCUUCCCUUACCCCUGCACCCUCCUGGUGCUUCCUCCUUCCCUCACUGCCCCUCCCCCUUGCCCUAAUUUUAGUGCCGCAUUCCAGUCCCCACACCACCUUUUGCUUCCAUUAGGAGGAGCGCGGGAAGGGGAAGGGGAAGAAAGCCCCCACUCUCCCAGAUCUGGCUUGAGGAGCUCGGCAAAGCGAGCGAGUCCAUGCACUACCACUCCCCCAGCAGAGUGGGAAGGGGCGGGGGGAGAAGGGCUGUGUACAGAGCACACUGGCAGAGCCUGGACAUACCCCGCUCUGCAGCGCUCCAGCCAAGCUCUGCGCGUCUCUGCCGGGACUCUGGUGGCAGCCCCCAGGAGCGGCUCACCAGCUCCAACCAGUGCCCCUCCCUCUCUGGCAGCGGUGGCAGCUACCUGUGAAUGGAGGGUGCCGGGCUGGCAGUGCACAGUGGAGGCAGUCCCACAGUGGGAGAAAAGGGCCACAUGGUGGGGGGAGGGGUAUGUCGGACAGCGGUGCAUGCUGCAUUGGAGCUUGGAGCUCUGGACACUGCGUGCCACUGGCAGUGGUCCUGGCUGCCCAUGCAAAGCACCAAGGGAGCUGCUUAGGAGCUGGAUGGAGGCGGGGAGUUGCUGUUACGCUGAGCUAUCACUGGGUGUCUUUAAAUCUGGGACUGUCCCAGGAAAAAAAGGGACGUAUGGCCACCAUAUCUCUGCUGCACACCUUGGACUGCCUCACGGCACACCGGUGUGCUGCGGAACACAGUUUAAGAAAUGCUGCACUAUAACAUUAUAUUUGCAACCACAAGGAACAAAGAACUUAUGAAACUAUCCCCCAAAACUUAAAAUUCUGAGAAAUUGAUGGUUUAAGUCCCCCUCUUCUCCAAUCAAAUGCAUCCACGCUUACUAGGAAAAGUUUUCUGCUCAUCAAAUGAACAAAUGGAUAUUUCAAGGCCUGAUCAUUUUGUUAAGCUGAAGAGUACCUUACUAUAAAAGCUACUGUAAAAGCCUUGUUUCGGGCAACAAUAUUGUCUUGAAAGAGCUCGUUUAGACUUUCAUCCUUCUAAACAUAGAUUAAUUAGUUACCAGUCAGUUAAUGAUAUAUUGGUUUUGGAUGAAAUUGUGUUUUUAAAAACAAUCAAAAAACUGGUCUAUGCUCUGUGUGUGAUUUUUUUUUUUUUUUUUUAAAUGAGUAGAGGUCUAGCUUGAUGUCAGUGGUGAACAUUUUUUCUCUUCUUUCUCCAUCUCACUGUUGACCAUGGUUUGCCAGUGCCCCCAGAUCCUACAGGUAGUUCUGGUUCAGUGAUGCAGUUUUGUCAAUGCUUUGUGUUAUACACGUUUAUGGCUGCAGAACUGUGCUCCAAGCUAAAAGCUUUUGUUUUAAGAAAAACCAAAUGUCUAUGUUUAAGGCUGUGUCUACACUACAAAGAUAAAUUGGAAAAGAAAUG